AUGAGCUCCUUUGUCCCAGUCAAGUUGCCCGGAGAUGGCGCCACUGGAAGCCUGCUCCAGGACAACAGCACGGCACCCAAAGGUUUCAGCAGCCAGAUCAUUGAACUGGCAAAGGGCAUCUCGGGUGAAAUCGACAGCGGGGUAGUCGUUCAAACAGCUCUGUUGAGUCUGUUCAUAUGGAAAAUCUGGGACUAUGUGUAUAACAUAUACUUUCACCCUUGCGCGCACCUGCCAGGUCCACUGCUCUUUCGCAUGACCAUCUUGCCGAACUUGUAUUAUUCGUGGAAGGGCACCAAGCAUCUGAAGGUCGACGAGUUGCACAAAAAAUAUGGCGAUGCCGUGCGAAUUGAGCCCAACUUUGUGUCAAUCAUGAGCCCAAGCAGUGUGCAAGCAAUCUACGGGACUGGUUCGCAAUGGGGUAAAGGUUAUUACUACUCGAGGGGGCCUGUAGAAAAGCAGGUGCUAGUCAAUCUCGCCAGCGCUGUCGACAAGAAGAUCCAUGCACGCAAGCGACGAAUUAUCUCUCACGCAUUCAGCGAAGCCGCCAUUCGAUCAUACGAGGCGACCGUGCUGGACAAAAUUCGCCUUUUUUGCAAGCAAAUCGCAGACCCGACGACGUUUCAUGGAGACUACAAGAACAUGUCAAGGUGGUUCUCGUACCUCACCUACGACAUCAUGGGGAACCUCACGUUUGGCCACGAGUACAGUAUGCUUACCAAAGACAAUGACCAUUUCAUCCAGCCCCUCAUCGACACUUUUCAGCAUAUUCAGAUCAUCCUGGGAUGUGUUCCUUGGGUCGAGCGGUUCGGGCUUGGACCACUGAUGUUCAUCAGUAUGGCUUCCGCGGUCAAGAAGUUCCGUGACUAUGUCGCCAACCAGGUCACGCACCGAAUCAACUUGGAAAAGGCCGGCAAGGGUCCAGAUGACAUCUUCAAGCUCUUGCUCAACGCCGAAGACAAGAAGACGGGCGAGAAGAUGGAGUUUAAAGAAUUAUCAGACGAAGCCGUCGUUCUCAUUAUUGCUGCCAGCGACACUACCGGAACAGCAUUGACGGGCAUGUCAUUCUACCUCGCGCGGUACCCAGAGUGCUACAGCAAGCUCAAGGAAGAGAUCCGAUCCACGUUCUCAAGUCUUGAAGAGAUUGUCAGCGGUCCGAAGCUGCUCAACUGCAAGUAUCUCCGCGCGUGCGUUGAGGAGGCUCUGCGCAUGUCACCCGGUGUCCCAAGCUACCUCGUCCGAGAAUCGCCCCAGGACGGCGUCAUCGAUGGCCACGUCAUUCCGGCGUACGCCAACGUUGGUGUACCGGGAUGGGCUAUGCAUCGCAGGCCGGAUGUCUUCCCCGAGCCACAGAUCUACAAGCCUGAGCGGUGGCUCACCGAGUCCAAGGAUGAAAUUGAGAAGCUUCGAUCCGCGCAUCUGCCUUUUAGCUACGGCCCGCGCGCUUGUAUUGGGAAGAACCUGGCACUUAGCACUAUUUACUUGACCAUGGCCAGGAUCGCUUUCCUGUUUGAGAUUGAGUCUAGGGAGGAGCUGCCCUUGGAGUUUCACGUCAAGGACCACUUUGCGGCUGGGGACAAGAAUGGGCCGUUCCUUAAGUUUAUCCCGAGAGAUACUCGCUAUGUGGCAUGA